ACCAAAUUGUCUGAAAUUUUUUUAGGGAACCCCGGGAAUCCUGGGGUGACAUAGACCAUGCGCGGGUAAACGGUGGUAAUAACUAUGAGUAACCUAGGCAACACCGGGCAAUUCGGCUAGUUUGCACUUUUUUCCCAGAGUCCUACUGUGCAAAACACCCCGGAAAGGAUGUUUAAUGAGCCCAAAACUGCUCUACAAGAUGAAUUUAAAUGGUGUAAACUAAGCCGGUUCUUCAUUACGCAAACAUCGAUAACAGACGCACGAUACACGAACGCACGCACUCUCAGGGACUGCCAUUUUAACACACGUGAGAGACUAGAUUCGUCUCACUUGGUUUCAGUCUUUACUAGAACCAAGGAGAGAUAACUUAUCCAAACCGAUCAGUCGUAAACAAGAUCAUAGUUAAUUCUGUUCUAAACUAAACCUAGAAAAAGAUAUCUAAACCGAGCGAAAAAUAUCGUGAUGGAUAAAAUUAUGAAUUUACUACGGGUGUACUUUAACCAAGGAGUUUAAGAUUUCUCCCCAACAUGUCAAAUACAUCAAGGUGGAGUGCUGACUAGCUGUAGAGGUCCUUAGAGACAGUCAACAGGCUAAUCGUCGACAAUAUACCCGUCGACAAUAUUUUACUCAACACAUCCAAUUCGACACUAUUCAAACCAAAACAUAUAUUCGGCAUUAUAAACCUUGUCGUUAGUUAUUAAGUAAAAAAUUCGAUUAUCUGAUAAAUAGCAUCACAGAGUACAGUACUACAGACUAUACCCGGAGAAUUAAACCUGAACCUGCCCUGGGAGAAUGAACAAGAAUUAAAGUAGAAACCAACUUGAACUCUCCAAGAUGCGGUUUUUAGAAAAAAUUAGUCAUUUUAUAAUCGGUGGACUGGAGGAUAUCUUUUACAGAUGGGGAAAAUUUCUUGCUCUCCAUCCAUAUCCCAUUGUACUGGUGUCUCUAGCCCUCACUGCUCUUUCUGGUAUUGGGUUUAUCAGAUUCAGACAAGAGCAUCAAGCAAAUUUACUUUGGAUACCUGCCGAGUCACCUUAUAAUUUAAACCAGGAUUGGUUAGAUGUACACUACAAGAAGAACAGAAGAGACCAGCUUAUAAUAUUCUCCGCUGAAAACGUUUUAACUCCAGAAUCUUUAAUUCAGAUGUAUGAACUUCAGAAAGCUAUAAACCAAAUAGAAGUAAACGGGAAAACCUUUAAGGAUAUCUGUACCAGAGUCCCGAUUGCAAACCUCUUCCACACCGACGAUAAACGUAGGAGGAGAAGAGAAACCCUAGUCACUGAACCUAUCUUUGAUCCUACCCUGAGCUCCGACCCUAUUCUAGAUCCUACCCUGAGCAUUGAAUCUGCUCUGGAGGAUCUAGAGGAAACUGCUGUAAAGAAUGAAACUAAUUAUGCUGAGAUCUGGCCGGACUACUAUAACAGUGAGGAGGAGGAGGUGGAAGAAGCUAACUUCUGGCCGGAUUACGACGCAGAUUACUCCAACGAAAGAGAAGACGUUGAACUAGUCCAGGUUAUCAAACCAAAGGUCCGAAUCAAUUACGAGCUCUACGGAAAGAAGAAUAAUACAGGUCCUAAGAAAUCUAUUAAACAACUUCCACGUGAUAUCAAGUGUGGAAUAGUAACCAGACUACCGGAGAAAUGUCUUCAGUCCAGUCUGCUAGAGAUAUGGAGAUAUAAAGAAGAUCUCAUCUACUCCGCAACACAGCAGGAGAUAAUUGAUGCUGUAAACCUGCUUGAGACUAGUCCUUGGUUCUCCUUUAGGAUGAACUAUACCAGUCAGCUAGGAGGGAUAGUAAGGAACAGUACAGGGCACAUUAUUGCUGCUAAAGGUGCACAGAUGUACUGGAAUAUAGCUGUACCUGAUGAUGUAGAGCUAGUGCACAGUCAGGGUAGUGGAGUUGAGCUUGAACUAGCGGAUGCAACUACACUAGCCUGGGAAGAACAAAUGAUUCAGAUUACACUCAACAUUUCUCAUCCCGGAGUUAAAGUGUUUCCGAACGCGGCAAAGAGUUUUGCUGAUGUCAGCGCCGACGCCAUUUUCUUCGAUGCUAUCAAGAUGGCGAUUGGUUACCUGCUCAUGUUCACCUAUACAGUGCUCAUCUUGGGAAAACUUAACACGUUGGAGCUCAAAUUUUAUCUUGCAAUUACUGGUAUAGUCAGUGUUGGAAUGGGUUUAAUUAUCGCAGUCGGUCUUUCAUCAGCCAUGGGUUAUCCUUAUACACCAAUGCACUCGGCUUUACCCUUCCUUUGCUUAGGUAUUGGUAUAGACGACAUGUUCGUGAUCGUGCAGUGUUGGUUCAACAUGAAGAAGGAGGAGUCCGACACGUUGCCAUUGCACGAGCAGAUCGGGUUGACUCUGAGGCAUGCUGGGGUAGCUGUCACAAUUACAACACUCACAGAUGUAUUCGCCUUCGGGGUCGGGGCUGUUACGAGAAUGCCUGGACUAGAAUCUUUUUGUGUGUGUACAGCCAUUGGUUUAGCUUCAAUCUACAUUCUUCAGAUCAGUUUCUUUACUGCAUUUCUAUCCCUGGAUGAGAAACGGAUAAAGUCUGGACGGGACGGACUCAUCCCGUGUUUUGUUCACAAGAACUACACUGCUCCAGCCUGGACCAACUUUGACCUGAGCGAAUAUAUUGUAUCUAAGUACGAAUGGCUCCUGAACUCCUGGAUCUACAAGAUUUGUAUAAUUCUGACGAGUUUAUCCCUGCUCGGGUUCGGGAUCUGGGGCUGUGUCUGUAUCAGACAAAAGUUUGAUCCUAUCCUUCUUCUACCAGCGGACUCAUAUCUUAGAAGCUGGGUUUCAAUGCAUGAUGAUCUGUAUCCUAACAAUGGUUGGGAGGCAGAGAUGUAUACAGGACGGUUAAAUCACACAAACAUGGAAAAAAUGGAGGCGAUGACCAACAAGUUUCAAGAUCUUGUUGAUAACAAGAUGUACAUCACUGGAACCAACUCCUGGUGGAGAGAUCUGAAAACCUAUGCUCGGGAGCAGAAGAAUUACUCAUCCUGGCAGAGUUUUGCCAACCCAGAAGAGUUUCCGAUGAUCCUCAGUGACUUCCUCUUUUCCGAAUCCGGAACAACCUACAAAGGAAACUUUCGUUGGGACGGAACCCUGGAAUGCGGAAAACCUGCUCCGCCAAUAAUUGCUUCAAGAUUUAGUUUUUCAUUUUAUAUUUUUGACGGUCCUGAGGAGCAUAUACCAGCUAAGAGGAUGGUGGACUCCAUCGUUGCCGAGGCCGGGGUCUCCGAGACCGCGUUCACCCACGUCAAGAUCUACGCAGCCUGGGAGACGGAUGAAAUUAUCGGAUACGAGCUGUGGAGAAAUAUCGGGCUCGCCAUGAUGUGUGUUGCUCUAGUUACACUGGUUCUAAUUGCAAACAUUCAGAUCUGUUUGUUUGUUGUGACAAGCGUGGCUCUCACUCUUGCAGAUAUUGUUGGCUUUUUACAUUUCUGGGGGCUCACAAUUGAUAUUAUUUCAUGCAUUACAAUUGUACUGGCUGUUGGACUUUGUGUGGACUAUUCAGUGCAUAUAGGACAUGCUUAUCUAGUCGCUAAAGGAACAAGAGUUGAGAAAUCAAUGGCAUCCCUCCGAACCAUCGGUUCAGCGGUGUUCAACGGUGGAUUCACAACGUUCUUGGCUCUUGUUCUUCUUGGCUUCUCAGAGUCUCAGAUCUUCCUCACUUUCUUCAAGGUUUUUGUUCUGACAGUCGUGUUCGGUUUGUUUCAUGGUUUAAUACUUCUACCAGUUGUUCUCUCCAUUGUAGGUCCGGUUUCGAAAGAAGAUUUAAUGAGCGGAGCUUCCUCUGUGAUUGGAUCAUCAUCAGAGUCCCAUCUCUCUUCACCUACAUCAUCUGGUCCUGGUUCUCCAGCUAGACCUGGAUACGCAAACAAGGGGUUCAUGGCAGAGAACGGGAUCUCAGUUAUCUCCGACAGUAUUGAUAACCCAGAGAAAAAAAGAGGAUUCGGUAAGAAAGCAUCCUGGGAUGUUGAAUCUAAGUACUAAACCUAGCACCUAGAGAUAAAUGAACCUAUUGUAUUAUCCUAGAACCUAGAUUUAUGCCAUGAUUUACCAACCUAGUAUUAUUACGAUAAGAUUGCCCCUUUCUAUUUAUAAAAUCACUGGGGACCAUUUUCGUUAUUGCUUUCUUAUUAAUCUGUUUAAUUUAACAUUGUUAUCAUCUGUCCCGUAAUAUGUAGAGGAUUGCACAGUGUACAGUGUACAUGAGUUACAUGUACACAGUUAGUACGCUGAGCAGUAUGUUAUUUUGUGAUGUUAUUUAUUGUACCUGAACAAAUACAUGUGAUAUAAAUA